GGUUGGUUCCACCUGGCACUAAAUUUGUGCAUAGUUGCAUUAUUUUUUCAUACAUUUUUUCGCGUCAAAGUCCAAACGUUUACCAUUUAAAAUUAAUAAUAUCAAACACGCAUAAAUCCAGUUUUAUUUUUAUUUAAUUGAAAAACAAUUCCUUCAAAGUCGAAAAUUAUAAACCAGGUGACAAUCACAUUGGUAUAAACAAACAUAAACGUGUCUGUUAUAUAAAAUUUCUUUAUCCGACAAAACAGUUGUCAUUUUUCGGCGUCCCCUUUCAAAAUCCCUAGGGUGUGAUGAUAAGAAAUGGAGGAGGAAGCUAGCAGAGAGCAGCAGCGGGACGGCUACGGUUGCGAGGAAAUAGAAAGGGAACUCGUCAGGUGCCUGUCCGGAGAUGCAAGAGCUGUCGCCCGCGUCUGUACGGAUAUCGUCUCUUGGACAGGUCCUGUACAUCAAGACGCCUGGGAGAACCCCAAUAAAAAUGUCAAUCUUAUCAACUACCUCGAACAGUCGUCUGAAGCCAGUCUUCAAUACAUCCCCGCCCUGGAACAGACGUUGGAUAUACUCCAUUUAUAUUUGAGACUUAUCGUAAGCUACUUCAAUCAGAUGCCCAUGGUAAUGGAAGCUUUUAGAGCAUCUGAUUUGGCCAUCGCUAGCAAAAGAGUUACACUCCCUGCACUCGUUUGGAUGCUGUGGUCUAGAGCGAGAUUCGUCAACGAUGAACUCUACAGAGGGACGGCUACUAUUCAACCAACUAACAUUCCCGCAAAAGACUCAAAGACCUGCCAGACGGACAUCAAGAGCUUGACGGCCUGCGAGAACUGCACCCUAGCGCAAGACGCCAUCACCAGGCUGGUCGAGCUAAUGGAGAAGAUUUGCACGAACCUGCACAUCAAGGGGAGUCAAAUCCUGGAAGUCAGAAAGAGCAUGACCAACGACUUAUUUUACAUCACGCAGUGGUGCGCGGUGUCGAAAUGGUGCGACGCUCUCCUCAAUGACAUAGAUCUUCUCGGCAAUCUGUCCUGGCAGUCCAGCUACCAAAGCAAGAAAGCUCAUUCACGUAUAAAACAAAUAAAGCAGGAAACUACAGACUACGAGGACCGACUCAAAGCCCUAGAAGAAGAGAAAAAUAAAUUGAGGACAGACAUUGAUAAAGCCUAUGAAUCGAAAGCGAACUACAUCAAAAAAGUGUCAGAGCUGACGCUAAAAAUGAAAGGGAAGAACAGCCAAAUUGAUGCUCUUGAAAAGAAAUGUGCAGAAUUAGCUUUUACAGAAAGCAUGAUGCAAUCUUUGAAGAAGGAGUUAAUCGACUGUAAGCAAUCAUCAAUCAAAGAGAAAGAAAGAUUUAUCGAUGUGAACAAUGAAGUGAAAAUUAAAAUUGAAGAAAUAGAAAAAAUGAAAGCAGUCUUGGACGAGCAAACAACAGCGCAGACGUCCAAGUCGUUUGAACUCCAGAAUAAGAUAGACAGCCAGGAAGGAAUAAUAAAUAGCUUACAGCAAAAAAUUGAAGCACUCCACAUGGAAUUGGACAAUUCUGCUAAGAGAGAAGAAACUUAUAAACUAGAAAUACUCAAGGAGCAGAAUCACGGUGCAGUUAUAUGGAGAAAUUAUGAAACCCUUAAAGAUGCCAUUCGAAAACAGGAAGACCUGAUCAACGAAAAAGAACAAAAUGAAGAAGCGCUUCUAAGAACAAUUGAGCUAUUGAAAACUCAGAUUGCUUGUGGACCAAGAAGUGAAAUCGAACUGACCGGAGAUCCAAUAAUGGACAUGGAGAACCAGAAAAAGGAAAAUGAAGAGACUAUUAAAAGGCUGAGUGAACAUAAUAUUCAGAUUGAAAAAACGCUGCACAAGCUUUAUUCAAUAUCGACACCUGAACUUUGCUAACUUUAAAAAGAAACAAAAAGUAUUUUAAAAAAAAAGUAAAUAGGAAAAUCAGGAAAAUAAAGUUGUCGUGAAUUGUUU